AUGAAUAACAGUAAAAAGGACGAAUUGGUGGCAAACUGCAUCCGAUGUCUUGCAGCGGACGUUGUGCAGGAGGCAAACAGUGGGCACCCCGGAACGCCGAUGGGCAUGGCACCCAUCGCUCACGUUCUGUGGUCAGAGGUGAUGAAGUAUGACAGCAAGGACCCUUCUUGGAUGGAUCGCGAUCGUUUUGUGUUAUCUAAUGGACACGCUUGUGCCUUGCAGUACGCGAUGCUGCACCUCGCCGGCUACAAUGUUUCAAUGGAAGAUCUUAAGAAGUUUCGCCGGUUGGGCUCCCGCACUCCCGGUCACCCGGAGCGCGGCUUUACGACUGGAAUUGAAGUAACAACCGGGCCACUCGGUCAAGGCAUUGGUGAGGGCGUUGGUCUCGCCAUUGCGGAAGCGCAAUUGGCCGCCACAUACAAUCGGCCGGGCCACAAUAUCAUUGACCAUUGGACGUAUGUAUUUUGUGGUGACGGUUGUCUAAUGGAGGGUAUCGGUCAAGAGUCCCUUUCUCUUGCCGGCCAUCUUGGGCUUGAAAAGUUUGUGUUGGUGUAUGACUCGAAUCACAUCAGCAUCGACGGAAGUACCGACCUCGCCUUCACCGAGCAACCGAAACAAAAGUACGAGUCUAUGGGGUUCCACGUCAUCAUGGUGGAUAAUGGUGAUACGGGCUUUGAUGCGAUUCGAGAAGCCUUUGAGGAGUGCAAGAAGGUGAAGGGAAAGCCAAAGUUGAUUGUUCUCAACACAACAAUUGGCUUCGGUUCGGGACUAGCGGGUACUGAAAAGGUUCAUGGUGCUCCUCUUGGUGAUAGUGACAUUCAGCAGUUGAAAAGGCGCUUUGGUCGCGAUCCUUCAAAGAAGUUUUACGUCGAGGAGGAAGUGUAUGAUGUUUUCAAGCAGCAUGUUGCCGUCUGCGAGCAGAAGCAUGAGGCGUGGAAAGCGGCAAUGAAGAAGUAUGCUGCUGAAUUCCCCAAGGAGGCCGCAGCACUGGAGGCACAAUUAAAGGGUGAGCUUCCCUCUGGAUGGAAAUCGCAGCUGCCGCUGAACGAUGCCUCGAAGAUUGCCACACGCAAAGCCAGCGAGAACACUCUGGGGACGCUCUUUUCUAUCAUCUCGGGACUCAUUGGUGGAUCUUCGGACCUCACACCAAGCAAUCUCACACGUCCGAAUUCGGCUGCUUUGACUGACUUCCAGAAAGCCACUCCACAGGGUCGUUACAUUCGUUUUGGUGUCCGCGAGCAUGCCAUGUGUGCCAUCAUGAACGGUAUCCACGCCCAUGGUGGGUUUAUUCCCUUCGGUGGAACAUUCCUCAACUUUUUUGGCUACGCGCUUGGUGCUGUUCGCCUCUCCUCCCUGAGUCAUCACCAAGUUAUUUUUGUGGCGACUCACGACAGCAUCGGUCUUGGCGAAGAUGGUCCAACGCAUCAGCCGGUGGAACUCCUUGCAUUCCUGCGUGCCAUGCCAAACUUGCUGGUGUUUCGUCCGAGUGAUCAAACGGAAACGAGUGCAGCAUGGGCAUUGGCGCUUGAAAACGCGAAGGGACCAUCUAUUAUCUGUCUCAGCCGUCAGAAUACAGUGCCUCAAUCGGCUUCCUCCAUGGAUGGUGUUGCAAAGGGUGCGUAUGUGAUUCAUUCCGCCGAUAAGCCGCAACUCGUUCUUGUCUCCAGUGGCUCGGAGGUUUCACUUGCGGUUGAUGCCGCGAAGGCGCUCGCAGCAGAGCUAAGAGUGGCAGUUGUUUCAAUGCCAUGCCAAGAGCUCUUUGAUCAGCAGUCCGUUGACUACCAGAAAACAGUAUUCCCCGACGGCGUUCCCGUGCUUUCCAUUGAACCGUAUGUCAAUUACGGCUGGGAGAAGUAUUCGCACUACCAUGUUGGCAUGCCGGGCUUUGGCGCCUCUGCCCCAGGAGGGGAACUGUACAAGCAAUUCAACAUCACCACGGAGCACGUCGCUGCGAUGGGCCGGAAGUUGGCCGCCAAGUACCCCAACGGCAACGCCCCAGAAAAGCGUGUGCAUCUGUGA